AUGGAAAAUCCCCCCAAUCCUCCUGAUGAGGUGGAUAAGAAGAUCGAUGUUUGUUGGAAGCUCCCCCCUGGCUUUGACCAUGUCAACAACAACACCAAGAUUAAAAGAUGGAUGACUAGAUGGUCAACCCCUAGACUUCACUGGUUCAAACUGAAUUUUGAUGGCUCUGCUCAACGCAACUGUCAGGCUGGUGGUGGAGUCAUAAGGGAUCAUCUUGGGAACAUGUUUGUAGCCUAUGCUGGCAACCUAAGAGAUAAUACAAUCACUCAAACUGAAGGAAUGGCCCUCUUUUGGGGUCUGAAAAUGGCUAACUCCAUAGAAAUAAAGCAUCUCAAAAUUGAAGGAGAUUCUCAAAUCAUUGUUGAUUCUAUCAAAGGAAAUGCUUCAGCAGGAUGGAGAGUGGAACCUAUUCUGAGGGACAUCGGGUGCUUUCUGGUCAAAAUGGAGGACUUCACUAUAUGCCACAUAUGCAGAGAAGGAAACAGAGCCGCUGAUUCCAUGGAGGCUGAAGGAAGACUGCAGAAUGGCUUACGAUGCUGGAGGGACUCCAAUCUACUGCCAAUCACCAUUAAGGAAAUCUUGGAAAAGGAAAAGGCAUUUUUCAAGGAAAGGACAGCCCCCUCCGCUCAAUGCGGAGGGAAACCUUCUUAUAUUUUUUAA